CCAGCCUGUUCCUCCCUCUCAACUCUCUUCCCUCAUUCACCUACGGCGCCUUUCGGUCCCCGCCCAGCCUAGCUAGGCAGCUCCUUCUUCUUUUACCUCGGAUGAGCGUAGACUAGUUCUAAACCGGAAGCCAAGCUUACAUUACCCUAUCUAAGACGACGAGAUAACAUUCUGUUCCCUCCUUGCCAACCAUGAGUGCGAAUCCGAAUGUCGAGAGCGUGCUGGGCGAGAUCUUGUCCAGCCUGAAAACAAUCCAGCAGAAUAAUGUUGAGCUCUCCUCUGCCGUCGACGCCAUAAAUGGCAGAGUCAACAUGUUGGCCGGCAUCAAGCAGGUCAACGACGUGGCCUCUGCCGGCGCUGCCGCAAACAGUGCUGCGGCCAAAGACGAUGAGAAGCCCUCAGAGAGCGUGAAGGCUGUCACUGAGCAAUAUGAAGCGCCUACUCCCACCGAGGCAACACCGCGUCGCUCGAGCGUAUCAUCGAAAAUUAUUCUGACAUCUUACCCCGGCCAAGCCGGCGUGGAUCCCUUGCCCAUGCAUUGGGGACACAAGGACCCCCAGGUCAGAGGCCCUGUUGUUGUCUCGCGUCAUCUCAACACCGUCAGGAAGCGGAAUGCUAUUGGUGCUCACGGUGGCUCAUACUCGAUAUACAAUGCUCUGGCCGUAGCAAGCAAGAACCUCGACGUCAACCACAAGCCGGACUUUACCAACACUGAGCCAGCUGCUGACAUUGGUCCAUUCCCUCAAUGGAGCGACCCAAAGAAGAUUGUGUCUAUGGAUCCCCUUGGCCAUCUUGCACCUUGGCUGUUCAAAGAUUCUAUUGACAAAGAGAACGUAGAGAUCAGGCCGACGAUUGCCGUGACCAAAGCCCACAUGAAGAUACCGGAGCUUGAAGAAAGCGUGCGCAAGGGCAGGCUAGUGCCAGAUGGUAAGAUCUGUAUCAACGAUCACGGAGAGCUUGCUGUGACAAAGUUCGCCGUGGAGCCUGUCUGGUACCUUCCUGGCGUGGCAGAGAGGUUUGGGAUCGAUGAGGGCAUGUUACGCAGGACACUGUUCGAAGAAACAGGCGGAUCUUAUCCCGAGCUAAUCACACGAGGCGACAUCAAGCUAUUCCUUCCUCCCAUUGGGGGGUUGACAGUCUACUGCUUUGGUGACCCCGCCAAGAUGUCCGAUCCGAACGUUCGUCUCGCCUUGCGCGUGCAUGAUGAGUGCAACGGCAGUGACGUUUUCGGUUCCGACAUCUGCACGUGCCGGCCCUACCUCAUCUUCGGGAUCGAGGAGGCCGUAAAAGAGGCGCAAAAUGGCGGCAGUGGCGUCGUGAUCUACUUCCGUAAAGAAGGGCGUGCGCUAGGAGAGGUGACGAAGUAUCUGGUGUACAACGCAAGAAAGCGUGGCACGGACAGAGCGAGCGAAUACUUCAAGAGGACAGAGAACAUUGCGGGAGUCAAGGACAUGCGGUUCCAGGCCCUCAUGCCAGACAUCCUCCACUGGCUGGGAAUCACCAAGAUUGAUCGUAUGCUGAGCAUGUCAAACAUGAAACAUGAUGCGAUAGUGGAGCAGGGCAUCCCGAUCCAUGAACGGGUCCCCAUACCUGACGAGAUGAUUCCGGAGGAUAGCAGGGUGGAGAUUGACGCAAAGAUCCAUGCCGGCUACUUCACGACAGGCAAGGUGAUGACGAUGGAGGAGUUGUCGAGCGUACAGGGCCGUGCUUGGGACGACGUCGACCACUGAUGAAGCGGACGGAUCGGUAUCAGAUAUGCGGGGAAAGAAUGGGCCGGGUGAGGUGUGAUUUGUUUAGCCGGGGGGGCAUGGAAGAUGGAAGGCUUCUGCCGGAGGCUAGAAUGUUUCGCGAUGAUCAGUUGACAGACGAAGCACGUUUCGGCAGCGUCGGGAGGUUUCCGUAGUAGUGUAAUCAGGAUGGCCCGGGCCGAACAAGCAGUUUUGCACACCCACGCGCGCACCCACACGUACCCAAGCAAAAGCCGGUGAGGGGCAGCGCUGCAGGGUGGCGUCGCCGACGGCCAGGUCGUCUGACGAAACACGCAACCGGCCAAGCAAUCACAGCGACGCAGCGCCAUGGCGAGUCAGGCCGACGACCGGGA